AUGAUGAUUACUUUGGUGGACGACUUGAAGAAAACUAAAUUGGAUCGUUUUCGAGAGGAAGAAGGGCGUCUCCUAUAUUUCCCGGAGAAAUGCGAAGUGCCGCUGACCAUUGUGAAGAGCGAUGGAGGUUAUACCUACGACACUUCCGAUUUGGCUGCUUUGCGAUACCGAUUGCACGAGAAAAAAGCGGACUGGGUUACCGUCUUCGCCGCUGCUCGCGAACUUGGCUGGUAUGAAGAUUCACGACAGCGCGUUGAGCAUGUGGCCUUCGGACUUGUUCUUGGAGAAGAUAGGAAGAAGUUCAAAACUAGAUCUGGUGAAACUGUUCGUCUUCUCGAUCUUCUAGAUGAGGGAGUUAAACGGGCAGCUGCUAAACUGGAGGAGAAGGGAAGAGCGGAGGUGAUGAAUGAGGCUGAGCUUGCAGCUGCUCGUGACGCUGUAGCCUAUGGUUGCAUCAAAUACGCGGAUCUAUCUCAUACACGGACCCAGGACUUAUGUGUUUUCAUUGCAUACGGAUGCUCUGAUGACAAGGGGAACACCGCCGUUUACCUGCUGUAUGCGUACGCCAGAAUAAGAUCUAUCGUGCGGACAUCCGGCGUUGCUGCUGAAGAUCUCAAUGACUUCAUCGCGAGCAAUCCGACCAUCCCAAUCACCCAUCCUGCGGAGUUGACGCUUGCGAAGCAGAUUCUCAAGUUGGCUGACUGUAUCCUGCAAGUAUUAGACUCACUGAUGCUUCAUCAGCUAUGCGACUACCUUUAUCAACUUGCUACGAUAUUCCAUGACUUCUACAGUGCUUGCUACGUGAUUGAGAAGAAAAGCG